AUGAGAAUUAGUAGCGGUGGAAAUCCCAAUUAUGUAGAUGAAAUGGGAGAGGAUUUUGAGAUUCAUUAUCAGGAACCGCCGGAGAGUUAUUUUGGUAAGCUUAAGAGGAAUUUGGCUUUGCAUUUUGGGUUUUUGAUUAGCUUGACUGUAAUGUGGAGGGUUCCAGCGAUGGAAUAUAUUGAUGGAAUCCCCAUCCUAAAGCUUGGUGAUGAAAUAGAAAAAAGAGGGAUAAAUCCCAGUGGUAAGAAUCCUCUUUUAGCAUGUGAUUCUGGUGUAAACAAUAUCCAUGAGCAGUUGAACAUGUUCAAAACAAGCGCAAGUUUACAUUAUUCACCUCCGGAGAGUAGUUGGCAUUCAUCUGAUAGAGGCCCCAGUUCUUCAUCUGCUUUCACUUGGACCAUGCUGCUUCCCAUCCCUAUUUUCUGGAGAAGGGCGAGUUUUUAUGACACAUGCAACAAAAGCAAUCUACAAGCUGCUGUCAUCAGAUUAUGUUAA